AUGUGGCGCAUGCGUGGUGGCGCCGGCCGGCGCGGGAGCUGCUGCGGCGGCGGCGGGGCCGGCGGCGGGGCCGGCCGCGGGCAGGGCCGCCGAGGCGGGGUUCGCGGGGGCGGCGGCGGCGGCGUGGGCUGGCGAGGCCGCGCGGGCGGCGCCCGGCAGCAGCUGGAGGAGCGGUUCGCCGACCUGGCCGCGAGCCACCUGGAGGCCCUGCGCGCGCGGGACGAGCGCGACCGGCAGAACGCGCGGCUGCGCGAGGAGAACGCCCGGCUGCGCCUGGAGAACCGGCGGCUGAAGCGCGAGAACCGCAGCCUCUUCCGGCAGGCCCUGCGGCUCCCCGGCGAGGGCGGCGACGGGCGGCCCGCGGACGCGCCGAGGGCGGCCCCGGGCCCCGAGGAGGCCGGCACGAACCGGAGGGUGAGAGGCGGCGACCCCGAGGACGAGCCGGGCAGCCCCCGGGCCUUGCGGGCCCGGCUGGAGAAGCUGGAGGUCAUGUACCGCAGGGCCCUGCUGCAGCUGCACCUCGAGCAGCGCGGGCCGCACGCGCGCGCGGACAAGGCGGAAGCGCCUCCGGGCGAGCCUCAUCCGGGCCUCCCCGCCCGGGCCCCGGAGCCCCCCGAGCCGGGGCCGUAG